AUUUUAAAUAAUUUUUUCUUGCUUUAGGUACGCGCUUUACGUACACGUUUUUACGAAAAUUUUUGUAGGUUUUUUUACCCUCCAAGAUGGAUAUUUAUUUUGUAGAUAAUGGACGAUUAGAUGAAAUUGAAACAUUUUAUGAGGCUUGUCAGCGAUAUAGAGAUUAUUACAGAGGGUAUCCGAAGGCUAAUCAUCCCUUACUGUACUUUAAAGAUCCUGAAUACAUGUACCAGUGUCCAUCUGAGAUGACACCUGUCUAUCUAUCGUUUCCAUCAUACCACGUGAAGUAUAAGCAACCUGUGGUGCUGCCAGGCGAGACGGGGCGUACAAGUGGAAUCCCAUCAUUGCCGGAUAGAACGCUCGCUGGACGCUUUAAUAAAGCAGCUUGCAAAGCUUUUGUUAGAUAAAUACGAUUUAAAGCUUUACUUCAUUAAGACGCCGCGGCCGUAGAGACGUCGCCGGCUAAGUGUCCAAGUAGUUAAUGUUGGUAAUAUGGUACCUAAGGCCGCUUGUCUAAACACAUUUCUUGGCGUGAAAAUCAACGUUUAGUUCGUCGUCUGUAAACAUGGUGGUAUGUCAUCCUUACAAAUAAAUGCAUUUUCUUUCUUUUCUUUCUUUCAUCAGUCCCCCAAUCCCCAUAGUUAUCCAUACAACACAGACCACCGUACCGAUCUACCGUAGAUUUUCACGCCAAAAAAACGUGUGAAGCGACUUAACUCACAUAGCGACGGUUUGGCAACGUCGCA